AUGCAAAACUCAGAAGCUUUCUAUGGCUACUACUACAGCGUCCAAACCAGUGGCGGAGCUGUCUUCCUGGCUGUCGUCUUCCUCGUUCUCACUCUGGGUCAUUUCUGGAAAGUCAUCACCACCCAGAACUGGUUCGGUCUCGCGAUCGUGACUGGGGGAAUCUUCGAAUUUGUAGGCCUCUCUGCCCGAGCCUGCUCUCACAGCACACCCAACGUUCGAGCACCCUUCAACAUCCAAGUCGUUUUCAUCUUCCUCGCACCGAUAUUCUUCGUCUUAUCCAUGCACUUAUUCCUCCAUCGAAUGAUCUCCGCCUCACGACACAAAUCCCUCUCCCUGAUUAAAGACACCUGGUUACUCCCAAUCUUCUGUACCAACGACCUGCUCUCGUCCAUCCUCCAAGCCGUCGGCGUCGGCUACCUCGUCAAAGCACGAAGACGAAGCGCAGCCACCGUAGCAAGAUACGUCAUGCUCUCCGGGCUCACUAUUCAGAUUUUAUCCAACUUCCUCCUCGUGCUAUGUCUAAUCGUCUUCUCGCUCCGCGUGAACUCGCCCUACCUGGCCCUGGCGGUAGAUCCAAACCUCCGGCUCAAUACAAAUCUGCGCUGGCUGGGUGCGUGCAGUCUUUUGAUCGUUGUUCGGAAUAUCACGCGGAUGGUCGAAUUCCAGGGCAGUCUUGAGGGGUAUUUUGAAGCUCAUGAGUGGAUGACGUAUAUCCUGGAUGUCAUUUUGAUGAUGCUCUUCAUGGGUUUCACCGUGUUUUGGUACCCACGUGGUAGUGGUAAUUCUCCUCGGCUCAGGAAUAACUAUCCGUUGAUGCCUCGGAGCCGCAAUCUUUGA